AAUAAACAAGCAAACAAUUGUAUCUAAUAACAAUUUCAAAAAUUUAGCUAAUUUACUUAACUCCAACACAUGUUUGAAAAACGUAGAAACCGUCUUUAUAUUUAAAAAAAGAUAUGUAGAAACCGUUGACAUAUUUUUAACAUUACUUAUUUUUAAAGGAAAUGAACCCUUUCACAAUACUGCUACUACCCAGCUCUUUUGCCAUCAAGAUUAUGCUACUACUUCUUAUGGUGGAUUGUGAAUUAGGUUCUAACGUAGUCAAUGAAAACUCAGAUGUUGUAUCGGCAGAUGAAAGAAACAAAAUAGGAAGGCAUUCUAGGAAGUUUGAACCACAUUGGCAAUCUUUAGAUCAAAGAAAACUUCCCAAGUGGUAUGAUGAUGCAAAAUUUGGAAUUUUUAUUCACUGGGGAAUAUAUUCUGUAACAGCAUUUAAAUCUGAAUGGUUUUGGUGGCAUUGGAAAGGGGAAAAUAAACGUGAAUACAAUGCUUACAUGCGUAAUAAUUUCCCAUCUCAAUCAUAUCAAGAUUUAGCUUCUAAAUUGACUGGAAGUAACUUUAAUGCAAAUGAAUGGGCUGAGCUAGUUGAAGAUUCUGGUGCCAAAUACUUUGUGUUUACAAGCAAGCAUCACGAAGGGUUCACACACUGGAAAUCAGAUGAAUCAUGGAAUUGGAAUUCUGUUGAUUUGGGCCCAAAACGAGAUGUUUUAGAUGAAUUAAAGACUGCUUUCAGUAAUACUAAUGUUACAUUUGGCUUGUACUAUUCUUUAUAUGAGUGGUUCAAUCCUUGGUAUAACGAAGAUAAAAAGAACGAUUUUAAAACUCAAGAGUUUGUCAAGAGAAAAAUUAUGCCACAACUAUAUGACUUGGUCCAUAAAUAUGAACCUCUUUAUAUUUGGUCUGAUGGUGAUUGGGAGGCAAAAAGUGAUUAUUGGAACAGCGCCAAAUUUCUUGCAUGGUUAUACAAUGAAAGUCCAGUUAAAGACAAUGUAGUCGUAAAUGAUAGAUGGGGGAAAGAUGCAAAUUGUAUUCAUGGAGAUAUAAAAACUUGCAAAGAUCGUUAUAAUCCAGGUAAAAAAUUACCUUUUAAAUGGGAGAAUGCUAUGACAAUUGAUAAACUAUCUUGGGGUUACAGACAAGAAGCCAAACUUGAUAGUUACAUUAGCACAAGUAAACUUAUUGAAAAUCUCAUUGAGACGGUUAGUUGUGGUGGAAAUUUACUUCUAAAUGUGGCGCCCACAGCAGAUGGACGAAUCACACCAAUAUACGAAGAAAGGCUCCGUGAUAUAGGAAAAUGGCUUCGAAUAAAUGGUGAAGCAAUUUAUGGAACCAAACCAUGGCGGGUGCAAAAAGAUCCUCAUAGCUGGAAAGUAUGGUAUACUCAAAAGUUGAAUAGCGUUUAUGCAAUCAUGUGUGGUUGGCCGAAAUCUAGAUAUCUGCACUUAGGUUCUCCAGAAACAAACUCACUUACUAGUGUAAAAUUAUUAGGAUUUUCUGGUAAUAUUAGUUGGUCUCAAUUAAGCCAAGGUAUUCAAAUAGACUUAUACCAGAUUCCUCGAGCUAGUUCUUCUGGCGAUCAUGCAUGGACAUUUGUCUUGGAAAAUAUCGAAUGAUAAUAUGCAACACUUUAGUACUUUUGAUAUUUUUAAACUAUGAGAUAAUGGAAUUUGUAUUUGUAAUUUUUUAUAAGAAAAUUAAUUUUUUUUAUCGCGAAUGAAGUGAACGGGCA